UGAUGCUGUUGUUGUUACGUUUCUUCUGACUUUUAAAACCGUUCCACUUUCCGUUUUAACCCAUUAGAAUCGUUUUAAUAGUAACAAUGUGCUCCAACCUUUCGUUGUUUUCAACGCCGUCUUUCAACGUGACCAUGGUCUUUGCUUCCUGAUUAGGACGACUUCCGGUAGGCGCCAAAAGCAGCCCUUUUCUCCUGAGCGUGAGUCCGCCAUUAGUGCUAAUCCGCAACUGAAUGAAGUUCUACUGGUGGUAUGCUGAGCGUGGUUGCAGCAAUGCUUAUACUUUACAACAAGAUGGAUUGAAGUCAUUUAUUGAUACGUAGUUCAUUACUGCAGGAUUACUGCUCCUUGGCAUAACUUUCUGCUUUCUCCCACGUAGAUCUUUGCUGUUUAUUGAAGCACAAAUUGAAGUUGUCCAUUAGUGCAACUUUCUUCUGGAACAUAACAACAGUAAAUUCCGUUUGACACUAUUACUUUAAAAGUUAUUUUGUGGAAGAUCUUUGACGUCUUUGGGGGGGAAAAUCGCCAUGGAAAAUCCUAUCAAGGGAAGAGGUCCAACAUGGCGUCAUUAUGAAAUUUUAGAUCUACUAAAUAUCUGGGGUGAGCAAAGAAUCCAGGAGCAGCUACGUACAAAGCACCGGAACCUGAAUUCUUUUGAGUAUAUAGCUAUGGAAAUGGGGAAAAAAGGACACAGCCGCACAGCUCAGGAAUGUAGGUCAAAGACAAAAUCCCUUCGAUUUGAGUAUCGUAAGGUUUACAAUCACAACAACAGAUCUGGAAAAAAAUUUGCUACCUGUCCGUAUUAUGAUGAGUUGCAUAGCAUUCUAAGGGAAGACGCUACCAUAAGACCCAAACGUGUCAGCAGUAGUAUAAAACUCAUUCGCACAGAGGCAGAGUUAGACAGCUACGAGGAAAGUUUGGAAGAUAACAGUGAGCCAGUAACAACAAUCAAUGAUACAGAGGAGGAAACGCGUAAUGGUUAUCAUCAAGACAAUUCAAUGAUAAUUCAACAGAGUGGAACAACUGAAACAAAUGAGGAAUCAACCAGCACAAAGGAAUCAACUGUGGAGAUAAAUGUACCUCCAAUAGAUACAGGAAUACCCAACCAUAAGGCGACAUUAUCCCCUGCCACGAGAUUGGCCUUGAUCAGGAACAGGAAGAGGAGACUGGCUGGAAAUGAAAUUGCAGAGAAAAUCAUGCGUCACUGCAGCAAAGAGAAUGAGAAAAUAAUUUCAAUAAUGAAUUCGGAGUCUGAGGCAUUUGCGUCCUAUGCAGAACGGUCUGCCAGAAACGAAGAGAAAUUAAGAGAAGAUAGACAAGAGCUUCUGAAAUCUGUUAAAGAAACUGCUUCACUUCUAAAAGUCAUGGUGAAUAGCAUGCAUGCCUCCACUAGCAAUUUCUCAAUCACUAACUCAGCAGUUAAUAACAGUAUUGUAUUUGAAGAUUGUCCAGAGCCUGUCAUUGAAAACAUAGAAAUAAGUACCUCACCAGAGAGCAAUGAAUCAUUUAUAGAGAAAUCAGGUACACCCAAAAAGGUUCAGUAUGAACAUCGGCGACCAACACGUAAUAUUAAAAGGCCUCUUGUGUUUUCUCCUUAAAAAUUACAAUUUCUCUUUGCUUUAUUACUACCUGCACAUAUAUGCAGCACGGCAAGAGCUUCACUAUCACUUUUAACUGUUGGUAUAAGGAAAAAAACCUAACAGUAAGCAAGUUAAUUCUCUGAUGUGAACAACAUAAAGUCUUUAAAAAAAAAACUUGAAUCUGUAACCGUAUUAUGUCUUAUAGAAAGCUACCAUGACCUUUUUUUAAAAAAUUGUUAAUGCAAAGCUGUUAAAUGAUAGCAUUGAGAAACAUAGCUUACUAGUAAAGUUAAAAUUGUUACAAAUGUUGGGUUAUGCUUAUUGUUGAUGUAAUGAUACCCUUGGAAACCAUAUAUAAUUACUGCUGUUAUGUUUUCAAAGUAUUUCUUAAAAAACAGCAAUAGUUGAUUAUAUGUGUGUAUGAGAGUAAAGGACCAAACAUUGUAAAAAUUACAACAUUAUUGUUUAUUAUAAUAAACAUUUGAACCACUCCCUU